UCCGUGAUUGAUGGGUCAAUGACAAAGAUAAAAAGAUACAGAAAAACAGUUGUCAUGUUUCCUUUGAUGGUUUUGAAAAACAUUUUUCAGAUAUGUAUUUUUCAAUGUAAAACUUUUUUUCAUUCAUAAAUACUUUCAAUUAAAUUUUAUUAAGAAAAAAAUCGCCACAUCAUUUCAAAUUAACGAGCGAAGGCAAAAAUUCAUUAAUCCAAUUUGAUACAUCAAUUUCUUAGGCCUCUGUAUUAUCAACAUGAUCAAGAUUUUACUUGUUGUACACAAUCAUCUACAUUAUCCAUACUAUAUAAAAAAAAAAAAAAGCAUAUUAAAAAUGUAAGCAUCAAAUUUGAUACAAUUUUGAGUAAUUUGUACAUCUCUCAAUCAUUCAGUUUCGGUGCAUAUACUGUAACUUAUCUUGCAUCAUGUACGACGUUAUUUGGUCAAUGACAAAUGAAUUUUUUUUUUUUCACACUACUCGAGUGCCUUGGAUUUAGAUGAUACAAAAGAAUCCCGCAUCCAAAGAGCACCGAUUUAUGGACUUUUUACAGCCCAGCAGCACUUUUUUGCAUAAUUUGUCAAGUUGUUUCGUAUGAUUUUGAAAAACUUUUAUAUGAUUUUCAACAAAAGUUUAAUGAUUUAAAAUGUCAUGUGGUGUAACCAAGUAAAAAUGAAUACCGUAUUUUUCUUACACCUUGUAUAUAUGUUGUCAAAUAUAUUUUAAAUAGGCUACUUCAAUAAUAAUUAUUUUGAUAAUUAUAAUUUUUAUUCAUAAUAAUUAAUAAAAUGUUUUUAGAGAGUUCACACCACAAGAAAUUUUACAACAUGAACUAAUCUCUGAAAGACUUGGAAACAGUCACAAGGGUUGCCUCAUUUUUAUGUUUUUUUCUUCUUUUUUUUUCUGCAGGUACACCGCAUGCUCCAACAAUAAAAUAGUCCCAUAUACUUACGCUGAUGGUGAUAUUAUACGCUACAGAGACGCUAGUAUUGUGGUGGCAGCAAGUUUCUCCAGAUAAUGUAAAAGUUUAGGUAAUAUGAAAGUUGUCGAAGAUGUAUGCUCAGUUUAAAAUGCCAUAACCUCGGUCUGAACACAAUCACGCUUUAAUCACAUACUACUGAUCUGACAAACACCGGAGGUGUAAUUUAAAAGCUUUUUCCUUGAAUGAUGUCAUUGCACCGCUGGGAGACAUCAUAUCACACCGCGAGGUACGAGAUGAACAUCUCAACUCUGGGGUUACUCUGGUCAGUAACCCCCCGAGAUAUAAAAGUCACUAGUGCUGGAUUUCCUGAAGGAGGGCUGCAGAAAGACUGCCAUGACUUUGUUUCAUGGGCCAACGUCUCAUUUGCUUUGAUUAUUUAACUUCCCUUUGAGCUUCGGCCAAAUGGACCAGUUACACAGAAUUCAGGCCACAUUUCCGUAGAAGGCAGUUUUGACCCCAGGUUUCUUCGUUCAAAUUUUGUACAUUUAUACUGUUAGGAAGUAGACUGUGUGUCUGAUGGAAGGGUUUGAAGGCGUCUAGGAUACAUGACCAUUCGCCCCCCAAGUGUUAGUGUUUUCUCCGCUGAGACUGUUCAAAAAUCCCCCAAAAGUCUCUGAAUCUCUUUGAUCCUUGGGAAAAUCAUGACUUAUUCGACCUUUGUUUAACAUCGUGCAGCAUGCAAUUUUGCUACUGAAACUUUGUAAGAGAGCUUAAAAAAAUAAAAAAAUCACAGACACAAAACAUGAAUUCCUGUUAAUUCAUACUUGUAUGAAAAAUGAAUGAACAGGACAGACAGGUGUAUGUGCAUAUACUCUUGUGUGUAAACAUCUGCACUUUAUUUGUCCUUUUAAGUGGUAUAACAUAAGGGAUACAGAUGCAUGAGAAUAAGAAGGACUGAUACAUUAACUUUCUAAAGCCAUCUCAUUAGGCUUCUCCUCAGGUAUCAAAUCCGCAGGCCUGUGCCAAGUGUAUGUCACCUGCCCAUGCAGUACAAAACACUCUCAUUGGCUGGACUGGGGGGCGACGGGCAGGCACAGGUAGUUAAAAGGUAGUGAUCUGGAUGCAGUUUUCUCUAAGAGAAGAGAACGGAGAGGCGGCACGCAAGUCAACGACUAGGCACUUGUACAAUGCCCAAUAUUGUCCACCCGGUCAUCCUGCUGAUGGCCUUGCUGGUGGCAACAGCAGGGAAUCAAGCAUCACUACCUAAGACCACACAGUGGCCACGACUGAAACCCACUAAGAAGCCUCCGCCUCGAGACGAAGGGGGUCCUCCACAGCCGCCUGGCCGCUUGGGGUCCCAUCCGAUCACCACCACUGUGAGCCCCACCGCCAGCGGCAUCACGGAGGAAGUCACAGACUCCAUGAUGGACGCUUACUCUACUUCCCCCACCGACAGCACCACCUACUCCAGUGAUGCUUAUUCUGCUGACUACCACACGGAGGCCAUGGUUCCUCCUGGGGUUGGCCCUGGGAACUACACGUUGGACUACAAUGAGUGCUUUUUCAACUUCUGUGAGUGCUGUCCACCAGAGAGAGGUCCUCCAGGACCGGUGGGAGAAAAGGGAUUGCCUGGUAUUCCAGGGGAAAAGGGAGAAAUGGGACCUCCUGGACUUCCAGGUCAGGAUGGACUCACUGGCGCUCCGGGGCCUCAUGGAGGAAAAGGAGAGAAAGGUGAUCCUGGAGUGAGUGGGCUACCUGGGAUUCCCGGUGUCACUGGGAAACAAGGAGAGAAAGGUGAAAUGGGCCUCAAAGGAGACAAAGGAGAUACAGGUUUAACCGGGCUGAAAGGAGACCCAGGGGACAGGGGAGAGCCUGGCUGGAACGGAACAAAGGGAGAGGCGGGCGAGCCUGGCAUACAAGGACCAGCUGGCCCCCCCGGACCAGAUGGCAUCAAGGGGGAGAAAGGUGACAAAGGAGACUGUCCAUUUGGAGAGAAAGGACAGAAAGGCAGUAUGGGGGAGCCAGGGCCUCAAGGGCCAAAAGGAGACAUGGGUGUGCCAGGUCUGAACGGCACAGAUGGGCUACAUGGGGCUAAGGGUCCGAAAGGAGACCCAGGACCCCCAGGUAAGCAGGGAGAGCCUGGUCCUCCAGGACCUCAUGGACCACCAGGGCAGAGGGGGAUGUCAGGGAUGAAAGGCACACGAGGCCUGAAGGGAGCACGAGGUGUUAGGGGAUUCAAGGGCCUUAAGGGUGAACCUGCUGUUCAGAAGCGCUCAGCCUUCAGCGUUGGUCUCUUUCCCAGCCGAUCUUUCCCGCCACCUGGCCUGCCGAUCAAGUUUGACAAAGUCAUUUACAACGAGGAGGGUCACUGGGACCCGCACGCCAGUAAGUUCAACUGCACUCAUGAUGGAGUUUACGUCUUUUCCUACUACAUAACAGUGCGUAAUCGCCCCCUGCGCGCAGCCCUGGUGGUGAACGGCAUUCGGAAACUGCGAACUCGCGACUCCCUUUACGGCCAGGACAUUGAUCAGGCCUCCAACAUGGCAGUGUUGCGUCUAUCAUCUGGAGACCAGGUCUGGCUGGAGACUCUGCGGGACUGGAACGGUGUUUAUUCCAGCAGUGAGGACGACAGCACGUUCUCUGGAUUCCUGCUCUAUGCUGAUGCCACUAUGGACUGACGGCCAGGAAUCACACUGACUUCUGGAUGAACCAUUUUAGACCAGUACUUCAUUUUGUAGGGGUGAAACAAAAGCCACCUAUAUUACCUAAAGUACUUGAGACCUGAAAUUAGAACCAUCUACUAACAGUAACUGUACAGCCACUAAUUAUUAACGCUACCUGUUUCAUGGCAAGGACUAUCAAUGCUGGAUUGUGCUGUAAUUUUUUUUUUUUUUAUAAGCUGAUAAUUUGUGGCAGCUAUUUUGUAGCUCUUUACAUAUUUAUAUAAAAAUAGCUAGCAGCUUAUGCAAUAAAAUAAUAAUGAUUUAAUUCUGUCUUGC